GUUAUAUUUUGGCGAGGUUCCUCGAAGGUGCAAAGGGUAUGACGUCAUUGCCUAUAUUUACUGCCAUUCCCUCCCAUCCAUCGUACCAAGGCAAGAUGUCGUUCUUCGGAGGUAACCCGUUCAGCUCCCAAGUUGGGCAGCAGAUAGAACAAGCCACAGACGCAACCUUGGGCAAUGAGAACUGGGCCAUGAUGAUGGAAAUAUGUGACAUCAUCAACGAAACUGAUGAAGGGCCCAAAGACGCCCUAAAGGCCAUCAAAAGACGACUGCAGACCAAGGGCAACCACAAGGUGCUGAUGCUAACCCUUACGGUUCUUGAAACCUGCGUGAAGAACUGCGGACACAGGUUCCACGUGCUGGUGGCCAACAAGGACUUCGUGAACGAGAUGGUGAAGAUCAUCCAGCCCAAGAACAACCCCUCCACCACGCUUCAGGAGCGCGUCCUCAGCCUGAUCCAGACCAUGUCCGACGCCUUCAGAAACUACCCAGACCUGCAGGGGGUCGUCCAGGUGCACGAAGAGCUCAGGUCUAAAGGAGUGGAGUUUCCCAUGACAGACUUGGACAACCUGGCACCAAUCCACACACCAGAGAGGAGUGUACCUCCAGAACUGGACCCUGCCAUAGCUAGGACUAGACCUGCGAGUGUUACCGCUGCUCCAGCCCAGCGCCCCCCCUCCCAGCCCCAGCAGCAGCCAGCCCAGCAGCAGCAGCCCCAACAGAACCCACCAGGCUCCCCGGGGGCCAUCGGUGCCCUGCAGGGUCCCAUCAAUCCCACCCCAGAGCAGCUGGGGAAGCUGCGCAGCGAGCUGGACGUGGUGGAGGGCAACACCAAGGUCAUGUCAGAGAUGCUGACAGAGAUGACCCCAGGGCAGGAGGACCCGGCAGAUUUGGAGCUUCUUCAUGAAUUGAACAGGACCUGUCAUGCCAUGCAGCAGAGAAUAGUAGAGCUUAUUGACAAGGUGGCCAAUGAAGAAGUCACUGGAGAGUUACUUAGAAUCAAUGAUGACCUGAAUAACGUGUUCUUGCGGUUCGAGCGCUUUGAGCGAUAUCGCACCGGCAAGACCGGCCAGCCAUCCACCACCGCCCCCGCUGUGGCGGCCACUGCAGGGGGUCCAACAGCAGUGACUGGCGGGGCCCCACCCGUCAACGCUGCACCAAUGGGAAGCUUCCCUCCUCCACCAAGUUACAGAGAACAAUCACAAACACCCCCUCCGGUGGCAAGCAUGACCAGCUUUCCAGCUCCAGCUGCAGCUGCAGCACCUGCUCCACAGGACAUGCCCCUCAACAUCCCAUUCCCACCUGCACACACUCAGGACCCAAAUGCCACCCCUCUGAUGGGGACCCUAGACAGCCUCAACCCUCCACCCACCUACACUGAGUCUCAGAGUGCAGAGCCCCAGACAGACACCCUUAUCGACCUGGGCCCAGCCGUGAGCCCAGGAGGCCCUCCCCCUCUCCAGCCUACAGCAGCCGGACUACAGCAGCAACUAGCAGGCCUCAGUAUCACCAGUUCCAGCAUCAGCAGCACCCUGAAUGCCACGCCCACUGUCACAGCUCAGAACACUGCAGGGAGGGAUGAUGAUGAGUUUGACAUGUUUGCACAGACCAGAGGGAAGUCCAUGGAGGAGUCCAGGAGAGGUGGUAGCACGUAUGAAGACAUAUCCCAUUCCGGUGACCUCAUGAGCGGAGGCCUAGCCCGAGCUGUCAACACCAAAUCUAACCCGAACCAACCUGACGAACCGUAUGACGAGCAUGCUCAGCCCCUAGAUGAGGUAGAAAAAUGGCUUGAGCAGAGUGACCUGCCGAUAGACACAGUGGGUGAACAGGCUGCUAGCAGGUCAUCAGGGCUCACUUUGCCGCAAUCUCAUGUUCGUCAUGGCUUGCAAUCCCCCGGCGGUGCUGCUCAGCAGGAGGAGGAGGAUGUGGAACCUGUCACCAGCGCAGAAUUUGAUCGGUUUUUGGAAGAGCGAGCAAAGGCAGCCGACACCCUGCCAGACCUGAACAGCCUGCCUGAGGUGCCAGCUCAUCCUAUCAACCCAACCUCCACGGGCGCCCCAGCACCUGCCAUCCCGCCCAGGAGAGGCAGGCAAAUGCAAAUGGAGGAGUCUGAGAAUACAUUAUUUGGGUUGUAGUCGAGGGUGAAAGUGCUGUCUUGACAAGGAGGGUCUUGAAGUUCUUUUGGGUUGUCAAGUAGAUUCUUUCCUUGCCAAUUGUACAAAGUAUUUUUUCCAUAGCAAAUAAUGAAAUGAAAGUAAACUGUCAAAUUAACUAUUUUCCCAUGUCACCUCACUAAGGAGAGAGUUCCUUUUCUUUAUAUCUUUUUUUAACUUAGUUGUGGAUUCCAUUUCAUGUUCUUGUGUAUGUUUUUUUCAACUAUGAGUAAGAAAGAGAGCUUGGGAUACAUUUCCACAAUGAAUUAUCAUUUAUGUAAUCAUAAGAAAUAAGUGAAAUGUUAUUAGGAGACAGGUGACAACAAUGACUUAACAUGUUUUCACUGCUCUAAGUAACAAAGUUAGUAGAGGCUGUAUUUGUAGUUUUGGUGGUCUCUGUGUUCAUGUCAAAGGUACAUGUACCAGUGCCCAGGUCUCACUGCCUAAUAUGUAUCUGGAGUAGAUGUAGAAACUACACAUUCUUCAAUGUCAUUAUUUAUGGAAAAUUCAUUUUUUUAUUGCUCCAAGCAUUACCGGACACCAUCUAAGAUUAAGGUGAUGACCUCUAUUGGAAGGUCAUUAAGAGGUAGAAUGCUGAUCAGAUUGGAAGAAAGAAAGCUCCUGCACAGAGAAUGACUCUAUCCGUCAAGGGAUAGAGAUGUUGUAGAACUUUCCAUUAGAUUUUUGAGCUGCAAUUAUCAGAGUUUCUGCCAACAUUCAUUAUCAUGUAUUCACUCUUAACCAUUUAUAGCUCCUCUUGAUUGGCAGUAGGGAUCAAUUUCCCUAUAGAGAAAGACUGUGUAGCAAAGAAAUCUAUUAGCACAUAAUAGAGAGUUUUAAAUGGUGUUCAGACUAUAAUGUAGCUGUAAAAAGUCUUAUAAUGAGUACAAAUAAAAUAAUUUCUCUGUCAUUGUGGUAUACUUAUCUACAUGUACAUUUGUGACUAACGGUCCCUCCUAUUGCAUAUAUUGAAGCAUUACAAACCAAAGGGAAAUGUAUUGCUUGGUGGUUUAUGUAACAUACAAUGUAGUGCCAUCCAUAUCUACAUCAUGAAAUCUCAGUUGGAAUAACAAUGAAACUGUGUCUACUAAACAAGAAUAGAGCUAUAUUCUUAUGUCAAAAGAUUUUAUUCACAAUACCGUGGUAGCCAGUGGACACCAGCAAAAUGUUGAUUUGUCUGCAACCGAAAACUAGUAACUCAAACUUUAAGGUAAAUUUAAGUAAAAUGAUGAAGUUCUUGGAACAAAUACAACAAAAUGUGUUGAUGACACAAGAUGAAAGUGAAGACAAAAGGAUGGGAAAGAUCUGUUAAGUGCUACUGGUAUGUACAAAAACGAAGCCUAUGGAAAAUGUUGUACUGUUAAGACUGAGGUUCUAUUAUAAUAUAUAAUUGAUAUCUAAAGACUCUCUUAAUGUAAGACAUUGUCUUUGAAUUCGGGAUUCAUCAAUGUAGUACAUGUAGGUGUGCAACAAAUGAUUACAAUGCUUUGUACACAUGUAAAAUAUUAGACAGUGAAGGAUUUCGCUUAAUGUGAUGUAACACAUGAUACAAAUUUGAGAUAUUGCAAGAUCUGAAUAUGGGCAUAGAUAACUGCUCUGUAUGAAUGUGUGUAGCCUUCCAACAAAAUAUUAACUGCCAAUCAUUUUGGGGGAGGCUUGGGGUUGCUAUAAUAAUGGCAGGUGGUAUUUUUCAUACAUAUCUCUGUUGGAGCAGACCAUACUGUGCUCGGUAGUGAGUGGAUGACAACUGUGUAAAUGAGGGAUUUCUAUGGCCACAUGUUUCACCCUGUUGUAUGCUUAAUGUGUAUUGGGUAGCUUUUUUCGGUCGCUUUGCUGGCCAACAUACUGUAUGACUUACUGUACAAGAAAUCUGAUAUAAAUUGUACUUCCUGGCUCGGA